AUGACCUGGAAAACGAAACCUGCAGUACGGCUUCUUUGGCGUAUUUGUUGUCGUUGACUGUAUUUUGCGAUGUGUCAAGUUUUAUGGUUAUAAUAUGUUGUGUUCCUGUGAAAUCAGGCCACGAUUGAAUGAUUUUUGAGUUUAAUAUAAUUUUUUUGAGAAGUAGGAUUAAGUAGUUUUUUAAAAACUUUGUGAUAGGUUUGUUUAUGUUCGCAUGUUGGCUAACUUCCUGUAAAUUUCUUCUUUGCUUCAUUAGAUACUAUAUUGCGGGGUUGAUUGCAGGAUGGUGACGCAGGUUACAGACGAUGACAUGCACAGGCUGUCGUCGAACAUGAAUGACAUGACUAUAUCCUUUGAAGAGUUCAGCAUGCCCUACAUUUCAGGACUCAGCUCGCAGAGCCUCUUGGAGAGGUCGCAGUAUGGAAAAGUGAUAUUCCACGAGAUCCAGGACUCGUACCCCACGGACGCCGACGUGCUGUGCAAGUACACGCUCACGGAAGGGGUGAGCCACGCCCGCGGCGACAGGAUAAACAUCUACAAGGUGGGGUGGAGGCAGGCGGCCGACUUCUUCCACAGCAUGUGGGCGCCGCAGCCCGCCGUCUCGGGCCAGUCGGAGUUCCAGGUCCUCUUCAAGGCGAGCAGCAUGCCGAAAGACGACCAGAUCUACCAGUUCUGCUACAUGACGGCGGGCGACGAGAUGCGCGGGGCCAGCGGCCCGUUCCAGUUCCACCAGCCGUACGACAACGACCUGUGCACGGUGGAGGAGCAGGACGGCCUAGUGAUUGUGCGCUCCCGCUCGUCCGUCGCCGAGGAGAGGCUGCGAGAGGCGCAGCAGACGAGCCUCACGCUGCAGAAGGAGAAGAGCGAGGUGGAAGGGCAGCUGCAGCAGUUCACCAAGAUGCUGGCCCUCAAGAACAAGGAGAAGGACGACGUGCUGAGCCGGCUGUCCGCCGUCGCCGCCGAGAAGCAGGAGCUGGCCAAGCGGCUGGACGAGUGCGCGCACCUGGAACGGCACAUGGAGCGUCUGCAGAAGGAGCUGCAGGCGCUGGACGCGGAGAAGAUGGAGAUGCAGGCGAAGCUGCAGAAGGCAGAGGCCCAAAUACAAGCGCUCACGGCUUCCCUGGAGAGCCUCACCUCCGACAAGGAGCAGGUGUCCCAGCAGCUGCGCGAGGCCGCGAGGGGCGCCCUGGAGCUGGGCCAGCUGCGAGGGAAGCUGGAGGACCAGCAGUACACCAUCAACGUGCUCACCUCCAGCAAGGAGAUGAUCACCAACGAGCUCCGUCUCGAGAUCAACGCCAACGAGAAGCACCAGAGCUUAAUCAAAACAUUGACAGAUGAGAAGAAAGAACUAGAGGAGAAAAUUGGAGCUUUUGAGAAACGAAUAAUUGAAUCAGAUCGCUUGGUGGGAGAAGCCCUGCAGAUAGAGCAAACAUCAUUGGCAGAACUGAACAAGUUGAGAGAAGAAAACGUCUCCCUCAAAGAGUUGUUGGAGCAACUGGCCAGAGACAGUCAGCGAGAGGUGAAGUUCGCCAAGGAAGUGGAGCAGCUGAAGGCGGCCAAGGAGGCCUUGCAGCUGGCCCUGGAGGAAUUGCAGCAGAGAAUGGAGCAGGAGAAACGGGAGCACGCCAAGGAGACCAGCUCCCUGAAGGAGCUGCUGGGACAGCUGGCGAAGGACGGCCAGCGGGAGGCGAGCCUGACGCAGGAGCUGGAGCAGCUGAGAGCCGAGAAGCAGGCGCUGCAGCGAGAGAAGUCGGAGCAGGCGAAGGAGACCAAGUCGCUCAGGGGGCUGCUGGAGCAGCUGGCGAAGGACAGCAAGCGGGAGGUGGGCCUGGCACAAGAGAUCGAGCUGCUCAAGACGGAGAAGCAGGCCGCUCAGCAGGCCGCGGAGGAGCUCCGGCAGGAGAAGGCGGAGAACUCGAGGAAGCACGACAGCAUGCUCGCGGAGCUGAUCCGCCUGACUGGGAAGGAGAAGAGCAGCGAGCUGCAGCUGGCGCAGCUGUCCAGCGAGCUGGCCGAGGCCGCAGAGGAGCUGUCCAAGCUGCGCGACGUGAAGGCCGAGUCGGAGGACGUGAAGUGCCUCGCGGACAUGGCGCUGAGCCGGGCGACGCUGCAGCGCCGGGUGGAACAGUUGGAGGCGGAGGAGAAGAUCAGCAACAAGCGGGUGAUUGUGCUUCAGGAUCGCAUAGAACUGCUGCAGAAGGAAACGAUAAGACUGCAGAACCUGGUUGACGCGCGGAACGGUCCGUCGAAGGAGAACUGCUUCGGGGAGCUGUUCUCGUCGCUGGAGCAGCAGAAGCUGGCGGCGGAGGCGCAGCUGGGCGAGGCCCGGGACUGCGAGCGGGAGCAGCUGGAGCGCCAGGAGAGCAUCUCCGCGCGGAUCGACGAGAUGGCCGCGGAGACAGAGGCGCUCGACCUGGAGCGGGGGGAGGUGCAGCAGACGUACCUGGCCAGCAGCGCCGAGCUGGGCAAGCUGCGCGAGCGCUUCCAGACCCUCAGCAACCAGUCGAGUGGCUUCACCUCGGAGGUGGACGACUGGACGGCAGUGGGCUCGCCCCUGGAGCUGUCGCGGGUGGAGGACGAGAUGCGGGACGCAGAGUGCUUCGUGGAGAGCUCGCACAUGCGCAUCAUGCAGCUGGAGCAGCGCCGCCAGGAGCUGGGGCAGGAGCGGGCCGUGCUGGCCGCGCAGCACCAGGCGGCGGUCGAGCGCGCGCACCGCCACGGGGAGGAGCGCAAGGCCGCGCAGCGCCGGCUGGCCGCCGUCGAGGAGUCGGAGCGCAUUCUGCUCAGGGAACACUUGGACGUGGUGAUUGCUCCGGCGGGAGCAGAUGCCAGCGGCGACGGGGACAAGGUAGCUGUCCUCAGCAAGCUGGAGGACACUGCUGCCAUCGCACAGAACGGCGGGGAGGGCGCCCAGGAGCUGGCCCUGAGGCUGAAGCUGGCGGCCGCCGAGUACCGCAAGCUGUAUGCGGAGAAGCAGAAGGCCGACCGGCGGCUCAGGAAGCUGUACCAGCGGCUCGGCAACAAGGAGGCCGGCGCCGGCGUGCCCGCGGCCGAGGUGCCCACCGCGGAGCUGGUCAACAUCUCCGGUGCCGCGGAUUCUAACAGUUCAUCACAGACUCCAGGAGGAGCCACCAGCUUUUCGUUUGUCUGCCCAGUCUGUUCGUCGUCGUUCCCACGCGGGGGCUGCGAGGUGUUCAUGGAACACUUCGACAAUCACCUCUCAUAAAGGGGUCCCCCCUUUCCCCCCUCCCGUCCCUUGCAUGCCCUGGGGCACACCUCUUUGUAUGUUUUUUCUUUUCUUUUAGUAUAUUUUAGCAAGAAACAGCAUGGUGCAAACAAUAUUAGCCCCAUGAGCUUAGUCCAUUAGCGAUAACUCUACUGGUGCAGUUAUAUUUGUUCAUUUAUGUUAGUUAGUACUAGAUUACAAUUAUUUUGUGGAUUCAUCUCACUCCAGGCUAGUAACAAAAUCACAUCCUUUGUCUGGCUCAGAAUCAUCAGAGGUAUGUCAAGAGCACGGUAGUCCAAUCAUCAGCGUGAAACAGAUGUACAAGUGCUCCUAGUCUACUUUGCUACACAAUGAAUCCAUGAAAUAAUCCUGGCUCUAUUUAGGAUGUACUAUUUGUUGUAUCAAAAAACAUUUUUGUGCAAUUUUGUGUGUAUUGAUUCAAUUGGUGCUUACUUUAGUGUUGCUGAUGUAAAAGUGUGAAUUUAGCACCUUUCAAAUGCAUGAUGACAUUAUUUUAGUGAAUGCACAAGCAAGUGUCAUAUUUUAGUUUAAGGUGCAAUUUUAGUCCUAUGAAGUAACAUAAUGCUUCUUUUAAACUAUGUAUUAGAUUUUAUGUUUUUUUUUAAUAUUCAAUAAUGUUUAUUUAAUAUUCUCCUACUUUAUUUUUAAAGAUGAUAAUGUGUAUGUUGUUCAGAGGAAACCAUCAAUGUAUCUGUAUGAAUUAUUAUUAUUUUUUUUUUAAUCUGUACCUUACUAUUUCACCUAAAUCUAUAGGAACCUGUAUAAACUUAAUGUGCAUGUUUCCACCUGUCCCAUUGACGUGAUAGCCAAGUGGCAAUAGAUGCAAAUUAAAGCAUGUAUUUUACUUCCAUAAUAUCAUCUUGCAAGCAAUCAAAAUUAAGAGCAUUUGCUGUGAAAAAUAAAAACUGUCAGCAUUGGGUUAGUGGUGUUCAUCUUUGCUUAAACAAUGGACUCAGUUAUGUAAACUUAUGUGUGUACAUGUGAAGUACUAAGCAAGUAAUGAUGUUAAGUUUGAGAUGCUGUUCAGCAAAUAAUUGGGAUUAAAAUAUGCCUAAGAUUUCUGAGAAGGAAAAGCAGGCAGGGAGUCAGUCUUUAGAACUUAAGAACCACAAUGGUACAUAGUUAAAUUUUCGUAGUGGUGUUUGUUUGCCGAUGUAAUUGCUCUACGUGGUAACAGAUAGCUAUCAAUUGUACGUAGUUUUUCAUAGGAAUGGAAGCACAUGUAAGAAAUGGUUAUUUUGUAUAAAAGGAAAAAAGUGUGAAUGUGUGCAGAAAUAUUUUAUAUUCUGUGUUGGAUGAUUAAACAGGUUUUCUUUAAGAUCACAAACGUAUACAGUAAUAGUUUAUUUCACGGUCGUUCCACAGGAACAUUCAUUUUGAACAUACAAGCAUAAGUAUUUUGACAAACCUUUUUGUCAUUUUUUUUUAUCACUGAAAGUUGAAUUGGCAACUUAACGAGCUAGCAUUUUUUGAUGGAUUCUCAAAUUAUAUUUCCUCAAGUAUGAAAUUGUUUAAAAAGAGCUUGCAUCACAAAACUAUUUUGGACGAAUCUUGUGAAAGAUUCUCUUACUUGCUUGUCUAUACUGUUUUUACUCAUCUUGAUAUUACUCUGACAUGUAUCCAUGGUUUAGUUUUAUGUAGUAGUAUUUGUUUUUGUGCAGGUUAAAUGGCUAGUGCUGCAAAUAUGCACUUAAAUUACUAGGAAAAAAAAUAUUAACUAAUAUUACAUUUUUUAUGAUUAUUACGACUCGUCCGGUGUUUUCUACAAUUGUUGCAGUGAAGACUUUUUAUUAAGAAAACUAAAGAAUCAUACAUUUGCUGUUCAAAGUUUUUUUUGAUGCACUACAUAUUCUCUGAGCAUGACAUCUUAAUAAUUUUAAGCACAUUUAAUUUUAUUUUUAUUUCAAUUUCAGGCACACAUGUAGUGUUAUGAUUAGCGUACAGAUAAUGAUAAUGCAUGUAGAUAGUGGUCGAGUCGGACAGUGUACAGUCACGUUAUGUCCAAAGUGUGAUUAGGUAGAGUAUAUAAGUGCACAAAACAUUUUGAGUAAAAACAAUGUGUAGAUGCUUUUGUAUACUACUGAAGAUUUCCAUUUAUUAUAUUUUAAAGAACUCUCUACAUUUGAUUGUCAUGUAAAUUGUAAUCACUAAUAUGUAAUAAAUUCAUUAUGUAAUAUAUGUAAAAAUUAAACGUAAUAAAGUUUAUCCUACAAUUGUCAA